AUGACUGACAUUCCGGAAAACCCACGGUCGCCUGCCGAUUGGCGGGCAUACGCCACCUCGACUGAGGUUGAAGCAAUCCCUCUGAGGCAAGGCCAAUCAGGAAUGCAAAUGCAUGAUGUAUACCUGGAUGGAUCAGCACUGCUCAAGGCAAGCCCUGAACAGCUUUAUGUGUAUACCGAUGUGCUCGCUCUAGACUUGGAUACCGUGUUCGGUCUAUCGGAGAAUGCGGUAGUGACCAUCCUGACGAGGGUUAUCACAGCGGACGCCCCCGUGACUCUCAAGGUGACCCCACCAGCUCAUGGUAGUUGCGCCGUCGCCAUCUACGCAUCGCUCUUGGAUCAAGAUGUCGCGGUACAGGCUGGGAACUCGGAACCCCAAAAGCUGGACUUGGGUCCGGGGUCUGGGCAUCUCGGGGUAACUAUAGCCGUCAGCGCCGACACUACGAACCCGGUCACGUUGGGUUACUUCAAGAGGUACAAUUACGACAACAGACAGAGUCACGAAUCUAGCCUGGAGACGCAACUGCGUAUCGCUUCGGUGAUGUUCUGGAAGAAUACGUCCGUUGCCAUCUCUCUCUGCGCCCAUGUCGCCGCCUUCACCGUGGCGCCUUCCCCGCACUACCUCCUCAACUCCCAAGCCGUGGCGCUGGGCCAGCAGCUCGCGGCGCAGGCGGUCACGGAUGACGGCAGCAGCUACGCCCCCGUCCUGCAGCUCGAGCGGUACAUGGACACCCUGGACGCGGCGUUGGACGCGGCGUCGGCGUACGAGGACCUGUACAACCGGUUCGCCAACAUGGAGCAGGAGGUAGAGCUUCAGCUAGCGCAGUGGAAAGAGAUGCUGGCUAAGGCCCGCGACGGAGCGAGCACUCGCCGAUACCAGCGCCAGGCUGCCCUAGACAGGUACAACGAUGCAGCCGCAACGGCCGAGAAAUGCUACCGCCAGAUGCAGGCGGAAAAUACGGAGAUAGGGAUUGCCAGCGACAGGUUUGAGGAAGAAUUGGGGAAAUGGUCGGACUGGCAAAAGUUUCUCGCUGUUUGUAAAAUCAUUGUUGCUGUGGCCCGUAUGUCGAUGCAAUUCCUUUCCGCUCUCCUUAAACUCAUAAGACCGCUCCGGAUUAUUAACGUCCAAGCAGAAUUCGCGGUCAGCGUCGGUGGAAUGUUUGUCGAUGGGGGCGGCGAGGCUGCCGGGGCAGCCGAAGCCGCGAUCGAGACCGUCGUAGAGUUCGAGAAGGAGGCCGGUGCAAUCGCUAAGCUCAUCUCCUCGGACACGCUGAAAAGCCUCAAAAAGUGCGUCGAAUUCCUCCAGGCGCUAUACCCAGCGAUACAGCAGAUCGUAGACGCGGCCAAAGUGCUCGAGACAGACCCAAGCGCCAAAAUCCCUCCUACCGACACCAUAACCGGGUCGAGCUCGGCCGACGCCGACAGCGCGGCUCUCGUGACCGUCGCCAGUUGGGAAAAAUGGAUCACGGAAGCGGAUCUAUCGCUAAAGUUCGCCGUGGAUAAUAGCAUCAAUACGGCUGACACGUACCAGCUCGCCCUGCGAAAGCACGCUAUCAACGGCAAGCUACUGGCCCAGGCUCAGGCGGAAGCCAUCAAGGCCGGCCAGCAGUACGUCCAAGCCGCGAUGGAGGCCGUGCUGUGCGAUAGGGAUGUAGAACGCCUCGAGUCGCUGGUAGACAAGUACGAAGGACAGGAGGAUGUGUACGAAGCAGCAAAGGCCAGUCUUUUUGACCGCUUCAUGGGCUUGCGGACCAGCCUGGUGAUCGAGAUGCGAAAUAUCACUUGGGCAUACAAAUAUUACGCCUUAAAGGAUAGUAGGGUCACUUUAGAUGUGCUCAAGUCGACCGCUGAGUACCGGCAAGAUAAGCUGGCCAUUAAGCAAGACAUCGACAACGCAGAUGCUGCGUACGCAACAGACUUUGAACCGUUCAACUACCCUACUCCUUCCACCAAGCUGCCAUCCAACUACCACCAGCUAAUCCUCGACGGCCUCAAAUCCCCCGACCACCAAGCCAGUUUCACGCUGUCACCCGAGCUCGAUGCCGACGGGAACCGGAGCUUCGCCGCUGAAUUUACCAAGGGCUUCCACUACCGGCUCGAAGGGAUGGAGCCCACGCUGCGCGGGGCGCUGCCGCAGCCGGAGAGUCUCGAGGACGGCAAGGUGGUCGUUGACCUACAGAUCAGCACUUCGGGCCUCUACCAGGACGUGCAGGAUGACCAGAUCUUUAGCUUCGCGAGUCUCCGCCAAGUCCGCAACUUCUCGUAUGAGUUGCUGGCGUCGGGCGAGAGCGGCGAGAUCUGGGACCACGCCGUCUUCCCUACCGUGAACCACGCCGAGCCGACGCCGUUCACCCAAUGGACCAUUAAGCUCAUAAAUCCCGAUGACGUCGACCUAAGUGGCCUUGAAGCUGUAAAUCUUUACUGGCCCCAAGAGGCCUCCUGGUGGACCAGAAGUUCUGCUGCCGAACGGUUGCCUUCGCCGACAUCCGCAAGGCGCUGCAAAGCACAGAAACUACCUUAUACCGACCAGCAGCUCAAAACUGUCGGCUUCACCGAUGCGGGGUUCGGUGCUCUUUAUGCUUUGUACCUGAUUCCUAUCGAGGAUACAUUUUACAAAAUAUGCAGCGCAUCUACGGAGACUCUAGUUUACUAUCGUAAAGUCACAGACGUCUGCGACUAUGUGAUCGCCGCAGGGGCAGGCGCCAGAAAAGAUUACGACAUCAUAUUCGACGGCCUUGCAGAGCUCUACAAGGACCCGGAUAACGAGAGCCUCCACCGGCAGAUAGACCAGACCAUCAAGGAUCGAGUGGAAACCCUAAGAAUUAUAUCCGACGUAGCCUCUACUGUCAAGACGGAUAUGACCAGCUCAGUCCGGACCAUCAUCGAGAAUCAGGCGAAGCUCGGAGAAAUGGAGAAGCCACUACAAGACUCCUCUACUAUUUCAAAACUCCUGAGAGAGUCCGAUGGUGAUGACGAGGACUACCAACAAGAUAUGGAGGCAGUGCAAAGCCUCCUGAAGAUAAUGGGCGACCAGAAGAUGGAAGACCAGUCGGGUCCUACGCUGAGCGACCUAGAGAAGCUCCUAGGGGGAGCGGUAGCAAUCCUGAGCGACAUGACAUCUCUACAGGAAGAGUUCGAAGAAGAUGCCAAGCCGGGGCCGGACCUUGUGCUUAAUCUAGAAAAGAAUAACCUCGUUGAGAUGUGGGAUAGCCUGGUGACAGAAGGUAGUUGA